AUGCCUCUGAGGCAAAUGAAAGAGAGUUCAGAACAAUACCUUGUGAUCAAACCUCAUCUUCCAAACACUAUGAAUCAGGCUAAGAAGGUUACUAAAGUUGUUCAAAAUGGUAAAGGUCCACCACUGUUGUCACAAGAUCUGCUUAACCAAACUUCACCACCUCAAGGAAGGAAUGGUGGUGGAAGGAGAGGGAGUAGAAAUGGAAGAAAAACUGAUCAAGUUGACGUUUUGAUGAGACCGAGUUGUAGGCCUUGUACUGCUGUGAAAAGUAAUGAAAAUGGUCAUGUUCAAAAUUGA